AUGGCAUAUGCCUAUGUAUUCAAGUAUAUCAUCAUUGGCGAUACAGGGGCUGUGCACGACCUGACCAUCGGUGUGGAGUUUGGGUCCCGCCUCGUAUCCGUCGAUGGCAAGCAAAUCAAGCUCCAGAUCUGGGAUACAGCUGGGCAAGAAUCUUUCCAUUCUAUCACAAGAUCCUAUUACCGGAGAGCCGCCGGGGCUCUGCUGGUGUAUGAUAUCACCCGAAGAGAUACCUUCACUCACCUGAGGACUUGGCUGCGUGAUACCCGUCAGCAUUCCAGCUCCAAAACUGUCAUCAUGCUGAUUGGUAACAAGAGUGAUCUGGAUGUCCAACGAGAAGUAACAACAGAAGAAGGAGAAGCCUUUGCCCAAGAACAUGGACUUAUCUUCUUGGAAACCUCAGCAAAGACAUCAUCAAAUGUAGAGGCAGCCUUCAUCAAUACAGCCAGGGGGAUUUAUGAGAAGAUCCAAGAAGGAGCCUUUGACACGUGUAAUGAGAACAGCAGCAUUAAAAUAGGGCCUCACAAUUCCCUGACUACUGUUCUGCACGCAGGGAACCAGGGAAUACAACACUCUGGGAGAAGUUGCUGUUAA